CGCGCAGCAGCUGCAGCCCGCUCCCAGCGCGUGGAGCGGCAGAGCACACCCACCCCCGCCCGGCCAUCGCCCCUUUAACCGCAACCCGCGCCCCCUCCCCACCUCCACCAGGGCGGUGUUGCCCCUUUAAGCCCCGCCCCGAGGUUGGAGCGGAGUCGCCGGAGCAGCGCGGGUCCGCGGCGGCGCGAGGGGGAACCGGGAGCGGGAACCGGGAUGUCCUGAGGCGGCGGCGGCGGCGGCGCCGGGCCCCGCCACGGAGCGGGCGGUGGAGCAACGGGCCAAGGGCCGGGCCCCCAUGAAGGAGAAGGAGGCGGGGGCGGAGCGGGGCAAGCCCGCCACUUACACCGGGGACAAGAAGGCGCGCAUGGCGGCCAAGACCAACAAGAAGUGGGUGCGCCUGGCCACCGUGCUGGCCUACGUCCUCUCUGUCUCGCUGGCCGCCAUCGUCCUCGCCGUUUACUACAGCCUUAUCUGGCAGCCGGUGCGCGGCGCCGGCCCCGGCCCCGCCGCCACCCCGCAGCCCCGCGCCGCGCCGCCGGGCCCCGCCGGCCCCACGCAGGAGGCUCCGCCCGCACCGCCGCCGCCGGGCCCCGGCCGCGACCCCGGCCCCGGCGAGACGGAGCGGCCGGCCGGGCCAUCGCCGCCGCCCGGGGCCGAGGCGGGCUCCGCUGCGCUGCGCCGGCUCCGCGGGAGCCCCUGAGGCACCGGGCGGGACUGCGCGGAGCGGCCGCGCCUCGGCCCGGGGGGCCCUGCCGAGGCCGGGAGCGGAGGGAUGCGGCGGCGGGGGGAUGGAGCCCGGCGGAGGAGGAGGAGGAGGGCGAGGACGAGGGAUGGAACCCGCGCCCGGCGGCGGAAGGGAUUCGGCGGAGGAGGGAGCCCGGCAGCACCGCGACCCCCGCCGCGGCCGAGCCCCGAAGAGCUCGGGCUGGAGACUGCCCCGGCCCGGGAAGGAACCGGUUUGACUUGGGACAACUGCGGUACCUUUUUUUUUUU